AUGAAGACCAUAUCUGUGGGGUUCACCAUUUACGAGGCGCAGAACCUGGAGGUGGAGAACAAGGAGUUACUAGACCCGUUGGUAAUUGUGCGGUGCUGCAACGAGGAGUACAUUACGAAAAAGAAGAAAAAAAAAUACAACGCCGUUAACUGGGAGGAAAGCUACAUAUGGGAUCGACUCACCCUGUCUGAAAUCGAGUGGAACGUAGCAAAAAUAGAAUUUGAAGUCCAAAGUGCGAAUACCUUUUGGAGAAAUGACGUAAUAGGAGUCAUUUCAUUCGAACUCAAGUUGAUUAAGAAUAAAAGAAACCACCAGAUAUAUGGAACCUACCCAAUACUGUAUAAAAAUGGCACAGAAAUAAGGGGGCAACUGAGGUUGAAGGUAAUUGUCUGUGACGAGAAGGACUACGUGGCUAAUAGUGACAUAUUUAACGAGUUAACCGAACGGAAUGAAAAGCCUACAUUGUACGGUGGUGCAGCUGGGUACUACGGAACUGGAUACGAAGAUGAGGAGAACCAGGAGCUUUACACAGAUUUAACCAAAGCAGUGGUGGAGGAAAAUUCGAUAAUGGUUAGGGACACACAUUGUAGGAAUUACUACCUAUAUGUUAAUAUACAUAAGAUAGAGGAUAUAUACAUAGAUGUAGAUAGAAAGAAAUUUAGAGACCUAUACGUUACAUGUGAGUUUAAUGGGUGCCACCUCAAGUCAAGUCAAGGAAGGAACUGUGUGAAUUAUACCUUCAAUGAAUGUUUUAAGAUUCCUAUUUCUACUCCAAUUUUGGAGGAUUCUAUCAUUAUUAAAAUAUGGGAUUGGAAUUUCCUAUCAAAUGAUGAACUCCUAGCUAUAGGUGUUCUUUCCUUUAAUCAGGUAAAGAACGAGUCCUUAAAUCCCACGUGGAUAAAUUUGUAUGGCUUUCAUAAAAAGGAGAUGGACUUUGAAAAGUAUACUGAUCAGAUGGUCAAUUCAGAUUUUAGUCUCUAUAUGGAAGGGAACUUCUACCUUGGUAGGAUUUGUAUAAGUUCCUAUGUAGAAAGGAUAAACAGCUUUGAAAAUAUGAACAUUGCCAUGACGCAAAGUUGCUUAGCUUUUGACGACCCUCUGUAUAUUCCCGUAACUCUGUUAUGUGAUGUGUAUUUUGUGACGGGUGUUUUGGCGCAUAACAUUUAUGUGCAGCUGUCUUGUGGUCCCUAUAGGAAGCGGACAGACUAUGUGCGCGCUAACACGGGGGAUAUGCUCCCAAGGGGGAAUCGUAACGUGAAAAAAGCGCGUCAGCUCACAGCAAAUGGGGAAACCAACCAAGGUGGCCAUAAUGGAGAGGACAACUUUUCCAACCUGCUCAACUUUGAUGACUUGCUAAACAUGGACAACUUCUUCUCCAAAGUUACGGAAAAGCAAAAAAUCAUCGAAGGAGGAGAAAACACCGAGUUUUAUUUCUCGCCCAGGAAGGGAAAGAUAGAGAAUCUCAAAUUCUGCGUCGUACGGGAUGAGCAGCAGCAGUGGGACGUCAUCAUAAAUGUGUUCGAGAGGGGAGGCUACCAGGGGGAAACCGCCGAUGAGGGAGAUGGCGCGUAUUCCGGCAGUAGCGGAGGUAGCGGGGGGCAUGGUGGAAGAUCCCGUCUGACAGACCACCAGAAGUACAUCCUGAGCAAAAGAAAAGCGCAAAGUGCAGGGCGGAAAAAUAAAAAGCAUAAUAGGAGGAGACACUCCCCUGGAGAGCGCACCUCCGAGGGUGUAGAAAAAAACGAGGCAUACAACACAGAUAGGAGGAUUGCUUACUAUAGACUUCCACUAAAGAACGUCCUCCUCUACAAUGAAAAAUUGUCUAGGUGUCCCAUUUGGUUGCCCUUAAAGAAUAUCCCCCAAAAUAUCCAGGGAGAAAAUAACUGCAUGUAUAAUAUAUUCCAAAAUGGGUCCAUAUUACUAAACUUAGAAAAGACUUAUGACGUGCAGUUAGGAAUAAAUAGAAGAAAAAAUCUGAUCCCAGUUAACUAUGAGUUGAGAUGCUACAUCUACGCAUGUCGAAAUGUGGUGUCCCAUUUUAAUGACUCACCUAACACGUUUGUGCAUAUCUCCUGCUCAGGGAAAAUGAAAAUAACUUCUCUUGUGUUGAACAAUUCUAACCCUGUCUUUUUACAAUGCUUAAAAAUGAACGUGAAAAUUUUAACAGACUAUUCUGUAGGGUUGCCCACCAUUCCUCUGAUCGUAGUCACCUUGUAUGAAUUUUACAAUAACACCUUUUACUUCAUUGGGAGGUGCUUCUGCAAUUAUGAUAUCUACCUUCGGGACAAUAAAAUGAAGUGUAAUUUCGCAGAUAGAGGCUCUAAAUAUAACGUAGUAGACCAGGUAAAGCCCAGAUGGAUUAAGCUCAAAGGGAGUAAACAUGUGCGGGCUAUGUAUCCAAAUAAUUUGUGGCAACAUCAUGGGAACGACAAAAGAUUAAUGCAGGAGUAUAUGUAUCAAAAACAGAAGGAGCUUCGAAGGAACAGUGGCCAAAGUAGCAACAACAAUGGACAUGAGUAUGUCUAUCCACACAACGAAUUGCAGAAAGGUGAACGAGUAGGAGAUAUACUCCUCUACUUUGAACUAGUACAAGAAAAAGACGCUCUGAAAAUACCAGUCUACCCAAUGAUAACAGAGAUAAAAAAAUGCACCUUGUCAUUCUUUUGCAUGUCUCUCGAAAAUUUAAUACUCAUUCAGAAGAAGAAGCAGAUCCAAUUGGCAAGUGACAAACCGACCAGGACUGACAUCACUCACCCAGUUAUUUUACUCUCCAUCACUUCAUACUCAUCAUAUGGGAAAAAAAAUAACCAAAUUGUCAUUAAAUAUGAAAAGACGUUAAAAUCUAAUACCCCUAUACAUUUGAAGAAUUGGAAGAAUUCUUUCGAUCAGCAAAGCUUCGAAAUGUUUUGCAUCGAAAAUCUAUCACUAGAUCUUCCUCUUGAUCCCAUUUUUGAUCCCAUUCUGAGUGUCAGAGUAUACAACAAGAAAAUAAAGGAGAAGUAUUUCAUUGGAGAGACCAACAUUUCGCUAGUUCCAUACUUGCCCUGGAUUAAGGAUCUCGACCAGGUGCUCUACUACCUGCAAGCUCACGAUGAUUAUUCCGAGACCAUAGACUUGGAAAAUGUGGAUAUGGCUUUCAACCUGUACAAGAACAAGAACGCUGCUCUAGUCAUCACAGCGAUUUCCCUGGCCGACUGUGAGCAUACCCUCAACUUGAAGGAGGAAGUCGGGCAGGGCGAGUUCGCCGACGACGAUGAGGAGUGGCGGCGGUUGCCGCUUUUUAGGCAGGAGGGUGCACGCGGCGAUGAGCGUACCCAUGAUCACAUCGAUGGGUAUGGAGAUUCGUGUGUCGAUCCGAGUGGUGCUACGUAUGCUGACCCAUACGCCAACCCAUACGCCGACCCAUACACAGAUCCAUACGGAGGUACAUAUGCCGACCCAUAUAACAACCCCUACACCGACCAAUACGCCUCUCCCUAUGGGAACUUGCAAAUGCUCCCAAAUGGCCCCGCGCAGAAUGCAAUCCCAAAUGAAGACGUGGUGAAGAACCUGUACAAGAACAACAUCCAGAACCCAGCCACCUACGGUAUGAUCAACUACAGCGGAUCAAUUAACGCAGAGCAGUUCCCCAGCCAAGGGCACCCAUUACGCAGCUCUCUUGGAAACAUCAACGGGAUGAACAAAAUGAAUCGUCCUUUUGGGAGAGGGUACCCCUACACCCAAGGAAAGCAGGACAUCAGCACAACUUACAAAAUAAAAUACGAAAACGAAAUAUACAAGCUGCAUGAUGACGGUGUGCCGGAAGUGAUCAAGACAAGUUACAGUGUUAAAAAUUACCCAUACAUAAAAAUAUUAACGAGUAAAUUCAUCCUCAAUGUUUACAUCCCCCCUAGGUUUAUUCUAUACGUGGAGGGAGACAAAAUAAAUGUGGGAAAAUAUGUGAAGAAUGUACAACGUGUUUCAGUAGACGGGGUGUUGGAAAGUUACCUGGACGAUAUACUCAUUCCGUCUCUGCCACUCAGGAGGAAGUUGAAUUGGUCGACCAGCACUCUUCACCAUUCUUGUGCAAAUGAAAAUAAAGUUACAAAAGGGGGGAUGCAUUUCGCGUGUUAUGAGAAAUUCCCCUUCGUAGAAAUUUUAGGAGGACAAAUAAAGUGCUUUACAAAAAUUCGCUACCAAAAUUUAGAAUCAGAAAAUAUCCCACUAAGUUUGAAAGAUGUAACUAGCCAAAAUGCUUUCAGAAACAAAUUUAGAGGAGAUAAAAAGAUUCCACUGUACCUCAAAAUUAGGGUCUACGUGUUAAGGGGAAUAGGAAUAUAUGGGGUAAAUAAUAACAAUAUGGCGAACCCUUACUUGAUUUUCUCACUAGGGGAAAAAACAUCUAAUUUGAGAAAUUCCUUUAAGGAGAACAGUUUGAACCCGGAUUUUAGAUGCCUGUGGGAAAGCGAAGCGAUCUUUCCGGAAGACGAAAUUUUAACCGUCAGUGUGUACAGUGCGGAAGAUAACUAUGACAAGCAGAUAAACGAUCUAUACAUAGGUUCAACUGAAAUUAACUUAUUUGAUAGGUGGACAAGCAAGGAGUGGAAAGGUAUGAUGAAGAGGAAUAAAGUCCCCAUAGAGUAUAGACCUUUAUAUAAGGAUGACUUGAAAGCACGACCAGAGGGAAGCGACAUUGGGAGACCGAACAACCGGAGUUACUACAGUAGCACAACCAUGGAUAAUAAUCUCUACCAAAAGGGGAACAAUUGGAAUGGAAUUUUUUCAUUCCUUGAUUUUUUUACUUAUCUUGUGAGACCCACUUCGUCCUACCUUUGGGGGGGGAGAAAUUACAAAAAUGAAGAAUCUAUUUUAGGUAACCAUCAAGAAGGAAAAAAUAAUGGUAUCCUAGAAAUGUGGGUAGAAAUUAUGGACUAUGAACAGUCUAAAAAAAUACCUAUACAUAAAAUGGGAACUCCUAAAAAGACAGACAUCGAAAUUCGAAUUAUCAUUUGGAGAUGCACUAUGCUAUCUAUGGACGAAAAUCUGAGCAAAACCUUCGACCUCCUUGUCACGGCUGAGUUAGAUUGUGUCAAUUAUAACGGAACCAAUUCUACCAUCCAAUCAACCGAUGUCCAUUAUAGCUGUAAAAAUGGGAACGCCGUUUUUAACUGGAGAGUUGUAUACCCUCAGAUAUCUCACCCAUUAAAUACUUGUUUCUUGCAGCUAGCUGUCUACAAUAACAACAACGUAGGGGUGAGUGAAUUCUUAGGGGAAGUCAAUUUGGAGUUAUCAAAAUAUAUUAAUAAAGCUUCCCAAAUUGUUAAUAAGCUAGAAUUAGAUGCUGAGCUCAAGUUAAGGAAAAAAAAAGGAACAGAUUCGGACAAUAAUUAUAAUGGCUAUUUACAAGUUACUGUACAGUUUCUGCCGCAAACAAAGGCCAAUGUGAAACCUGUGGGGCUCGGGAGACAGGAACCAAACAGAAAUCCCUACCUCAGGACUCCUGAUUCGGGAAGGGAUUGGAACGAUUUCGUUUAUUCCAUUGGAUUCAACGAUAUUUAUAAGCCCUUCUGGGGAUGGCUCAAGAUAUUCUGUAUUUGUGUUCUCCUCAUCUGGGUCUUUAUCAUGUCGUUUGUUUAUCCGUCUCUCCUCAUGUAG